GCGGCUCAGUUGAAGGCUUCCUGCCUCCGUCCCUCCUUCCUCCUUCGGUCACGCUGUCAUUAGUCGCCGGCUCCCGAGCUCUGGCAGAAAAUCCCGUUAAAAUGAAGAUCUGGGCGUCAGAGCACAUUUUCAACCACCCAUGGGAGACGGUGACCAAGGCAGCGAUGCAGAAGUACCCCAACCCUAUGAACCCCAGUGUGUUUGGUGUGGAUGUCCUGGACAGAAGUGUGGACACAAAUGGCCGUUUACACAGCACCAGACUGCUCAGCACAGAGUGGGGACUGCCUGCAAUAGCCAAGUCUAUCAUCGGGGUAACAAGAACGUGCACAUAUGUCCAAGAGCACUCAGUAGUCGACCCUAAAGAGAAGACCUUUGAACUUAAAUCUACAAAUAUCUCCUUCACUAACCUUGUGUCCGUAGAUGAGAAACUGACCUACAAACCACAUCCACAGGAUCCUGAAAAGACGGUGCUGACACAGGAGGCUCUGAUCAGUGUGAAAGGCGUCAGUCUGAGCAGUUACCUUGAAGGUCUCAUGGCCAAAACCAUCUCAGCCAACGCUGGAAAGGGUCGGGAGGCAAUGGAGUGGGUCAUCAGACGACUAAACACAGAAAUCGAGGAGUUGGCGGCGACGGCUCGUGGUACAAUGCGUGUUCCCAUGGCAGCAGCCGUCGCAGACAAAUGAUCUUGGCCUUGACAUCAUGAACCAAUGGACCUCUCAGACUUUUUCCCCUCAAAGGGGAGCUGUCACCUCAUCUGCCAGCACAGCCUAAACACCACAACCCCAUCGUCUACGUAUGUUUGCGUGUCUGUCACAGGACUUCGCCUCUUGUCGAGCUGAUGACUGUUAAAGAACAAACAGGGUUGAAUUGGACUGCACUUGAAGCUCAUGGGACUUUGUCUUGUGAUAUUAAAAAGCUCUUUUUAAAAAAUCCACACUGUGCCUCCACACUAUCAUCAACGUCCCCCUGUUCGUCCUUUCUCUUCUCCAUCUUAAACUUUUCAUGUCUUUUUAAUAUUCCUUGUUACUCUUAAUCCAUCAUGGGAAAUAACUGACACUGAGAAGCCGAAAUCAAGUCACUUUUUAGGAACCUUGUGGACUGACUGAACAGAAGGUACAACAACAUCUAAAAUAAUCUUCUCUCUGACUUAUAGUCACAAAACUUGACACUGAAAAUCUUGAAGAAAUGGAGAAACUGUUGAGCUGAAUGCUUUUUAAUAUCCACGAAUCCAAGAAUAUCCAAGAAUAUUCGAGAAUUGAUGACAUUCUUGUGCCUCAAACACAUUCUAUACAUGAAAUCACCUGCCAUUACAAAAAUGUCAUAAUUAAAAUUAAGUUUUUUUUAAUUAAUUAAUUAAUUAAUUAAUUCAGGGUUAGUUUUUUGGAAUUUGUGUGGUCCAUAGUCAGUCUAUCGCCCACAGUAGAUGGAUAAACUGCCACUGGAAAUGUCAAAGUACAGUAUGAAUACACCAAGUCAUCCUGUUUGUAGUUACAACUUUUAACAGAAUGGAAGUAUGAGUAGGACAGCCACCAAUGGAAACCAGCUAUAUUCUUUAUUAAUCCAGUUUUGUAUGAGUGUGUUGGUAGUAAACGUCGAUAUAACUCAGAAGAUAAAGAAAAACAGGGUUCUAGGUGAACAGUGAGGAUGCUAAAACUCUAAACUCAUGUAAAUCAGCUCCUCUGCACGUGCCAUGUUUGUUUUAGGUUUUAGCAAAUUACUGUUGCUGCCAUCAAAUGUAAAUCUAUCAAGGGACCAAAUCAGUCCACAGCACAGGAGCAGAAGGAGGUGCUGAUAAAGACCAGUCUGGGCUGUUUAUGGGGGUUUAGUCUCUAAAUGUGGUCUCUUUGGACUUAGACAUCACACCUCAUGCAGAUGCUGGUUCUUCUGCUGACAACGUUGGGGUCAAGUGAGGUCAAUCUGGUUUAGGUUCUGGUGAAAAGUGACUGGAUUUCUCUUAACCCUACAUUAGUGUUUCCACUAACUCUGAUAAGAUGCUGUAUCGUCUUGUGUUACAGUAUGAGAAUGUGUAUACUUGAAUGUUUAACUUAUUUUUAGUGUGCGUGCUAAAUGUACUUACAUAUACAUAAAGAUAAGAAAGGAACAUAGUGAAACGGCAGAAACAAGGUCUUUUUUGUGAAUGCUCAUCAUUGUAAUGGUAAUAGCUGUUGAGGAUUGCAAAAUAUUUUGAAUGGAAGUUGAGAACUAACCCAAGUUUGCACUUACCUGAAGAUAAUUCUGUGUGAGAAGUUUGUUUUCUUGUGACGAUCUUCGUUUUUAGACAACUAAAAAAUACUUUCUUGAGGUAACAAGAUAUAUUAGCAUGAGAAAAUGAUUGAAGUGAAUGUUGUCCCUAAUAGAAAGUCACCAUCAUAAGAGAAAACAGGCUUUUGUUCUGAUUCCUUGAGCUAACACUAUGAAUUAACCUGUUAUCGUGACAAAAAAAAUCUUCGUUUCUCAACUGAGCGAAAUGUUUGAUGCCAAAAUAAGACCUGUAACAAAUAACAAAAAUCUGUUUUCAUGUACUGUGAGUUUGAAACCAAUCAUGUUUGGUCGGGUUUUUUUUCCAUACAGUAUAAAGAUGGUUUUAUUUAUGUUUAUUUAAAUGACUGAGGCUGUUAAAUAACUCUCAAAGCUCUAACCUUCUGGUGUUUGUGAGUAGCAGUGCUUUUGUUUCCAUUUCUUUUUCCAUUUUCCCAGGUGCUUCAUUCUAGUCCACUUUGCCUUCUUCCGCAUUAAUGUAGGUCACAGAGCCACAACAAUCACUCUUUAAGUGUUGUUGUUUCUUCCCUUUUCAUCCCCUCAUCUCUGGACAAAUGCUUUAAUACUGAAGGGGUUUGUGAUACAGUUAAAGUGUUUCCUCAUAGAGCUCAUCACACAGCUUCCAGAUGUUUCAGUGUUAAAUUGAGGCUUCGUUUUGUAGGAUUGUUCAGGAUUGAAGUGUUGAUCCAGUUCAGGAUGUUUCUGUUUAAUGUUCAGUGAAUGAAGUGUGAUGUUUUUCUAUGGGGAACACGUGAACAACAGUGGCUGUAAAUAGGCUUGUAUUUAUAUUUGGUGGUGUUACAUUCCAAGAAUGUAAAAACGUAACAGAAUCUAGAGUGCACUCUGAAAUGUUUCCAAAUAAAGAGAUGUCAUUGUUUCAUGAA